AUGGAGUUCCCUAAAGACCCUGCUCCAACUAGAGAGCAGAUGAUUGACACUUACCUCAAUACUCUCACCACUGUGCUUGGAAGUAUGGAAGAAGCAAAGAAGAACAUGUAUGCUUUUAGUACCACCACCUACACUGGAUUUCAAUGCACUGUGUCAGAAGAAACAUCAGAAAAAUUUAAGGGGUUGCCUGGAGUUCUGUGGGUACUACCAGAUUCAUAUAUAGAUGUCAAGAACAAAGACUAUGGAGGUGACAAGUAUAUCAAUGGGGAGAUCAUUCCUUGUCAGUACCCUACUUAUCAACCAAAGCAGUCCAAUCGAUCAAAAUACAAGAGUAAAGCAUAUGUCAGACAGAGAGAUGGCCCUCCUCCGGAACGAAGAAGACCAAGGCAAGAGACGCCUUCUCCAGAUUCUGCCUCUGGAUGAGCUCUACUUAUAUCGACAUGCCCUGGUAUUCUUUUUCCUUUCUAUGAUUCACUAUUUUGAUAAGGACUUCUAUUCUCCAUUUGCCUGCAGUUGUUUCCUUCUCCAUAUGAGCAAGCACGCAAACUUUUCCACACAAUACUAUCAAAUUUUAUUGCCGAUUUAAAACUUUUUUCUUCAUCUCUUCUCGGUAUAAUUCAUUGAUUUCAUAGUGUUGUUUUUGCCAUUGUGCUUCUUUUCAGGUUAUUGUUUAAUUUUUGGAGUGGAAUCGCCAUAUGGAAAUGGUACAUUAUUCUUAAGCAAAUGUUACAUGACAGUUUUAGGAAGAUACAUAGGUAGUUAAGAUUUGAAAUCCCUGCUUAUAUCUCGAGUUGGGUCCCUGCACUAAUUGUCCAAUUGUUUACUGUGAGGCCUGCGGUUUGGUUUUAUUAUGAGGAGUAAGAAGCAAUGUUGUAUGAGUUUGAUGUAAUGUCGAAUUGGUUGUGAAUUGGUAAUCUUAGAUAAACAUAUUUGUUAUACAAUUAUUUGUUCUUUGUUUUGAUUUGUAGGUCAUAUAAUUCACAACGAUUGAUAAGUCUAUGUGUGCGUCCUUGUAUUCUGGUCACUAUAUGUAAGUCUGGUUUUAUGUGCAUUCUGUAUGUACCUUUAGUUGAGCUUCGAGAAAACAUUAAAGCAUCCAAAAAACUGACCAAG